AUGGCUCAAGACGGCAUGUUCAGCGCUAACCUCCUCUCCUCAGAGGUCAGCGCCGCUCUCCCCGAGGGUUAUACUCUGCGCGCUCUGCGAAAGUCAGACUUCAGCAGCGGUUUCCUCGACUGUCUGCGUGUCUUGACCACGGUUGGCGACAUCACCGAAGCCGACUUCGUCAAGCAGUACGAUGACAUGCUCGCUGCUGGCAGUUACUACAUUAUCAUCAUUGAGGAUACUUCGCGAGGCGACAAGCCUGUUGUUGGAACUGGCGCCUUGAUCACUGAGCGCAAGUUCAUUCACAGCCUGGGCGCCGUAGGCCACAUCGAAGAUAUCGCCGUCGCAAAGGACCAGCAGGGCAAGAAGCUCGGUCUCCGAAUUAUCCAAGCCCUCGACCAUAUCGCCGAGCAAGUCGGCUGCUACAAGAGCAUUCUCGACUGCAGCGAAGCCAACGAGGGUUUCUACGUCAAGUGUGGCUUCCGAAGAGCAGGCCUCCAGAUGGCCCACUACUAUGAGGGCUCAAAGGGUAAAUCCCAGUGA